CCGGUCGGCCCUGACACACAGGUCGUCACAAUACAUGCUGACUGUCACAGGUGAGACAUUGAAUGGUGUGUCUACGGAGCAGACCAAGAUGCCUGGAGGAAAGCAUCAAUCGUGUCUCUGGAUUAUUUUGCUGACUUUUGGGGUUCGUCAGACUGUGGAUGCAAAACCACCCAACAUCAUCUUUAUGGUUGCCGACGAUCUUGGUUGGAAUGACGUGGGGUUCAACAACCCCGACAUCAUCAGCCCCAACCUCAACAAGCUGGCGGCAGAGGGUGUCAUUCUCAAUCAGUCCUACGUGCAGCCAGUGUGCACCCCAUCACGAAAUGCCUUUUUAAGUGGAUAUUACCCAUUUCGCUCAGGUCUUCAGCACAUGGUCAUCCUGCCCCAGCAAGCAGUGUGUGCUCCACUCAACCGCACCUUCCUGCCACAAGAACUCAAGAAGCUGGGCUACGCCACCCACGCCGUAGGAAAGUGGCAUCUCGGAUUUUGCAACUGGAACUGCACUCCUACAUUUCGUGGGUUUGACACUUUCUACGGUUUCUACAACGGCCAGGAAGACUAUUAUGCAUACGAAGUGUUAAAUGCAACGGACUUCCGAGACAACACUGUGCUUAAUAUUUCCCAGAAAGGGAUUUACUCCACGUUUGUGUAUCAAGAACGACUGAGAGAAAUCGUUGCAAAUCAUGACACUUCGCUCCCCCUGUUUCUUUAUCUUCCUUUUCAGUCUGUUCACGAACCUUUGCAGGUUCCAGACGAGUACAAGAAAAUGUAUCCUAAUUUGAAGACUGAUGGAAGACGAACAUUUUCAGGUAUGGUUACGGCUAUGGAUAACCUCAUAGGUAACCUGACACAGUUCAUCAAGGAGAAAGGGAUGUAUGAUGACACACUGUUCAUCUUUACCGCCGACAACGGAGGAUGGACGCAGUUUUACGGGAACAACUUCCCUUUACGAGGGGGAAAGGUGACCGUUUGGGAGGGAGGCACUCGAGCGGCCGCCUUCCUGCACGGGUGGGGACUUCAAAAGACAGGUUCUCGCUACAACGGAAUGAUGCAUGCAGUUGACUGGUUCCCAACUAUUAUCACUGCUGCAGGAGGAGAGGUCAAAGACAAGGACAUCGACGGAAUGAGUAUGUGGGAAGCUAUCAGUACCUUCGGACCAUCCCCUAGGACAGAGUUCAUCUACAACUUGGACAAUUCGUCUCUACCACUUCAAGGUCAUGCUGCCAUCAGGCAAGGGGACUUCAAACUGAUCAAGGGGUUUCCUGGACUGUACAGCGGUUGGUAUCCUCCAGACCAAGAGUAUGAUCCUCAAUCCGACCUUGAGGCGUACAGCAACAUGUUAAAGUACCAAGACAUCAGAGGCAUUGCCAGGUUGUACAACGUGAAAGAUGACCCUACGGAGCAUGUGGACCUGGCCAAACAGAUGCCGGACGUGGUCCAGCGCUUGGAGGAGCGGCUGAACGACUACAUGAGACAGUAUGUUCCCCCCAACUUCCCCGCCAAUGACCCCGCCGGCAACCCGAACAACUUCCACGGUGCGUGGACACCUGGCUGGUGCUAGCGGGCUAUUUCCUGCAAGAUUAUGAAAAGUCAAACAUUUGGCGGACUGUUUUCGCGAAAUAAGGAAAGACCAAAAUCUUUGGACUUUUAUGACCGCACACCACUCCUUGGGGGAAAAGAAGAAAGUCAUAUAGAGCAAGACCAGGUUAAUAGGAAGUAAAUGAGUAAACCAUUAUAAGAGUGUUUUAUAUGAGUCGACUGCAACAUCUGAACUUUAAAUAGAACAACUCAUACAUGGUAAGACAACAGAAAAAAAUGAAGCAAAUAAAUAGUACCAAUCU